CUUACCGGCCAACUGGCCGGGUCGCACGCUAGUAAUAAUAAAAGAGCCCAAUCUUUUAUUGAGGAAAAGAGGCCCGCUGCGAAGCGCGGCUCACUCAUUCAUAAUAGGUGAGUAAAUCAGGAGGCCCAUCUUCUCCACUAACCAAGCUUACUUCUUCCUCUUUCGUUGGCAACAAGCGGCCGAAUUCCACAGCAGCAGCAUAGAAGAAAAAUGGCUUUCUUCCUCUGUUAACUCCCAUAACCAAACUACUCAAGCGACGCCGAGAAGCCUGCGUUUGCUCUGUGCCCGCCGCCGCCGUGUCGAGCUCUUCCUCUCCGUCAUAAUUCUCACUGCGCUACGCUAUUCCAUCUGGUAAGUGGUAAAACGUAGUCUUCGUUCUGUCUCUUGCUUAUUCUCUGUGAUCUCCUUCUUGCAUAAAUUGAUUGAUGAUUUUGUGGCUUCUAGCCUCUAGGAAUUUUCUCUAUAGGUCGGCGGCUUCAUCGUCUGUGAACCCUUUUUCGCGAUUGAUUUGUUUAUAAUCGGGUCGAUGGAGGUUUAUGAUGCCUCUAAAUGUACACUUUUAGGGAAUUCCGGCGAACUUUAGACGUGUUGGAUUAUGUACGUCUGUGUGUUAGUUUUUCUAGGUCAUUCCUUUUCCCUCCCGAUCAAUUGGUCUUUUCUUUGUUCAUUGUGAUUUGUCAUGCUUCUUCAUUUUUAGUCAGGGUACAGUCGGUGUUUGUGUAUUUAGGGAUGCCUAAUAAUGGUUUCCAGAGCCAAUGACAAUGGUUAUAUAGUACUUUGGAAUUAUGUCAGUUGAGAGCUCGUGUCUCUGCCACUUCUGGGAUGCCUAAUGCUCUUAUAUCCUUGAUGUGUGGCUACACUGCAUUGUUGCGCCCAGGAGGAUAGGACUCGAUGCAGAAAGACAAGAAAAGUAACUGCUCAUCAACUUCACACCGUCAAUUGAAGGACAAUGUAAAGCACAGGCUUAAUGAUCUUCAAGAGAGGUUCUCUAAUCUUCAAGCUGCUCGAAGGGAAGGUCGUCAAAGAGAUGUGGUGGUAUUGGAGGAACAAGUGUCACAGAGUCUCCGUGAGUGGAAUGCUGAAGUAGAGGCACCGAGCCCUGCCUCCUCUUUGCUUGCCGGUGAUCUUGGAUCCUUCUCUGAUGAAUUGAACCGCUACUUGCAAUUGUAUGAGGAAGAAGAUGAUGCAACCAGUCCAUUAACUCAAUUCGCAGUUUUGGAUCCUCAACACGGUAUACAGCAGAAUACCGAAAGCCUUCCUCUUGGUGAUUUGACAGCGUAUCAUGGUUCCUUUGGAAAUGCUGACACUUUGAAGCAAGAUUUUGAAGGGCUUGAUCAACCCAGCGGGUUUUCUGAUGAAUUUGAGAGUAUCAUGGUUAAAACCCCGGAUAUGAAUACCUUCCUGGAGGGCGAUAAUUUCAUUUUGGAUGAAGCCCUUGGUCAUGGGCUUUACAUUGGCAAUAAUACUAACGAUGUCUGUGAAAACAGUACUGAAUGUAGCAAACCAUCAUAUGUUAGCCCUCCUCCUUCAGCUUUCAUGGGUCCCAAAUGUGCACUCUGGGACUGUACCAGACCAGCUAAAGGAUCUGAACCAUAUAAGGACUACUGUAACAGCUUCCAUGGUGAGCUAGCUGUGAGUGAAGGCUGCCCAGGAACGAGACCAAUUCUACGACCCAAGGGAAUUGGUGUGAAGGACAAUUUUCUCUUUGAUGCUCUUACUGCAAGGAUACAGGGUAACGAUGUUGGUAUUCCUCAAUGUGAAGGAGCUGCUAAUGCAAAAUCACCAUGGAACGCCACUGAACUGUUUGAUCUUUCUUUAUGUGAAGGGGAAACUGUUCGAGAGUGGCUAUUUUUUGAUAAGCCUAGGAGGGCUUACGACUCUGGAAGUAGGAAGCAGAGAUCGCUGCCAGACUACUCAGGGCGCUGGCAUGAAUCCAGGAAGCAGGACAUGACAUUGGGGUGCCAGAAGAGAUCUUAUUACAUGGACCCUCAGCCUUCCUGCAGUGAAGAGUGGCAUCUAUACGAGUACCAGGUCAAGAACAGCGAUGCUUCAUGUGCUCUAUACAAGUUGGAAUUCAAGCUUGUCGAGGGAAAGAAGACUCCCAAAGGAAAAGUUUCGAAGGACUCGCUUACUGACCUUCAAAUCGGUAUGGAGAGGCUAACUGCUCAUGGAACCCCCAACAGCAGUGUUAAAUCUACUGCUACAGCAGAUUCUCGUAAGACUGAGUCUUCCAGGGAUUCACCACUUCAGCAGUCUGCUAAAUAGCAUUGGUCGGUUCUUCGAAAGGGCGAGGGAGGGAUGUAACAGGGAAACGAAUGGUUUCUGUUCCGUGCUUUCUUAUUUUCCAUUUUGAACACAGUUGGUUCCAAGAUACUGCGCCUUACGAUUCUGGAGAAUGUAUAAAUAUGACACGGUAUCGUCGUUGGACAGAGCAGCAGACAGUUGAAUGUAUGUAGUGAUCGUUUUGUUGAUCUUGGUGUUUACUGCUACCAGAGCAGACAGAUAAUGCUGUCUCUUUUCUGCUUUGAAUGGCAACUAUGGCAUCGCCACAACUCGGUGUUUUGUUGCUAGUUGCUACAGGGUUUUUUCGGGGAAGCCUAUAUUUCAUGAUAAUAAUUGUUCAAAUAGUUU